UUAUGGCUGAUGACUCCCUUCAACAAUUAAAUAAACCGAAAGUAGAAAUACAUCCAGAGGCUGUUGUUGUAGCCAAAGCUAUUUUACGUGGUGGAAAUAUUGUUAUUGGGGCUGGAACUGUUAUACACCCACAGGCACUUAUAGACGCUGGUGAAGGCAAAAUUAUUUUUGGUUCAAAUAAUAUAGUUGAAGAAACUGCAAUAAUUCAAAAUUUAGGACCGCCUGGAAAUUUAAUGAAAAUUGGUGAUGAGAAUUUAUUUGAAAUUGGCUCGGUUUGUUAUGCACAAGAAAUUGGUAACAAUAAUGUUUUUGGCAUUCAAAGUAGAAUCGGACCGGAUACUAAAAUAACAAAUAAUUGUCGAAUAGGCCCUCGUUGUGAAUUAAUGACAAAUGAGGAAUUAAAAGAAAAUACUUGUCUUUGCUUUGAAUUUGGACAAAGAAAAAAUGCUGAACAAUCAACAAAUAGUUUAAAAACCCAGGCAGAAUUUUUAAAGAAAUUAUUACCAAAAUAUUCGGAAAUAUUAAAGAAUAAAGAAACUGGCUAG